GGGAGUGAAGCUACUUUGAACAUUAUAAAAGGAAUGUCAAAAGUGGAGUGCUGGUGGUUGACAUCGUUGUUGCCGCCCCGCCAUACUCAUUUCUCUCUUCAAAUUCUUGAGCUUCCUCCUGCACACUUGCAAUUCCAAACGUAUCUUCUUCUUUCUCUCUUCUCUCUCUAUUGCUGAUACUCCUUUCAAUCUCAAGUCCAUCCAAUUUGCUGAUUGAUAAUUGUAAAUUUGUGAAAUAUUUGCUAUUUCCUCUUUCUGAUUUCAGUUAUUCUUCCAUUCCUUGGUUAGGUGACACAUCACCUUGUAGUUUUUCUUCACUGAGUUUGUAUUUUAGAUGAUCAAUAAUCAGUGGUCUCUUGUCAAUUUGAAUUUAAUCCGGUUUAUCUGUAUGGAACUGUAUUAAUACAGAACUGGGAGCUACUGAAUUCAUUUUUUUUUUUUGACAUUGUAAAUUGUGAAAGAUUUGAUAUUUUCUCCUCUAAUUUCAUUUCACAUUAAGUAAGUAGGGGUGUGUGUGUGUGUAUGUGUGUGUAUAUCUUUCCACAGUAUAUGUUUAGUUAAUAUAAAUGUAUAAGUUUCAAGUGUAUAUUGGGUUCGAAACUGAAGCAAUGUGCCUGCCCAUCUGAUCAGCAGAUCAUUUUCAGGAAAGUCAGCUCUUUUUUUAUUUUUUUAUCCGUGGUGUCCGGUCCAGGUUGCGUGCACCUCGACUAAUUCCACGGGGUACAUGCCACGUCCACCAGUAACAGCUAAUCUCUGUCAAGAAACAGUUGCUCGGUUCAUCCAAGAAAGAAUUAAAAAGAAAUGGCUGUCCUCUGCUCCUGGAAAGGUUCUGAUGACUGGAGGUUAUCUUGUUUUGGAGAGGCCAAAUGCUGGUAUUGUACUGAGUACAAACGCUCGUUUUUAUGGUAUUGUGAAGCCACUUCACGAGGAAGUUAAACCCGAAAGUUGGGCAUGGGGAUGGGCAGAUGUUAAAUUGACUUCUCCUCAGAUGGCGAGAGAAACUAUGUACAAACUGUCUCUUAAGAAUUUAAAACUUCAGACUGUCUCUUCAAGUGAAUCAAGAAACCCCUUCGUAGAACAUGCAGUGGAAUAUGCCAUAGCUGCUGCCCAUGCAACAUUUGACAAAGAUAAGAAGGAUAUGUUACAUAAACUACUUCUGAAAGGUCUUGAUAUAACAAUCUUGGGAUGCAAUGAGUUCUAUUCGUAUCGGAAUCAGAUUGAAGCACGUGGACUCCCUCUUACACCUGAGUCAUUGGCAUCCCUUGCACCUUUUACAUCAAUCACCUUUAAUGCAGAAAACUCCAUUGGAGAAAAUCAGAAGCCUGAAGUUGCAAAAACUGGAUUGGGGUCAUCAGCAGCUAUGACAACAGCCGUUGUUGCUGCUUUGCUUCAUUAUCUUGGUGUUGUUAAUCUCUCUUCUUUUUCUAUGGAUCAAUCUCACGGAAGGAAAGAUGUUAGUGAUCUUGAUAUUGUUCACGUGAUAGCUCAAACUGCCCACUGCAUUGCACAGGGUAAAGUUGGCAGUGGAUUUGAUGUUAGUUCUGCAGUUUAUGGCAGCCAACGUUAUGUGCGGUUUUCACCUGAAGUGCUUUCUUCUGCUCAGAAUGCAGGUAUGGCAACACCACUAACAGAAGUCAUUUAUGAUGUCCUGAAAUCCAAGUGGGACCAUGAGAGGACCAAGUUUUCAUUACCUCCAUUGAUGACUCUCUUACUUGGAGAACCGGGCAGUGGAGGAUCUUCUACCCCAUCAAUGGUUGGUGCUGUUAAGAAGUGGCAGAUGUCUGAUCCUCAGAAUUCUCUCGAAACUUGGAGAAAACUGUCAGAAGGAAAUUCUGCCCUGGAAAUGCACUUUAAUACCUUGCAUAAAUUGGCAGAAAGGAACUAUAAUGUUUAUGAACACGUCAUCAAUGCCUGCAGCCUGCUUCCUGCAGAAAAGUGGCUUGAGAUGGCAAAUGAACCAAGUGAAGCCGAAAUUGUUAAAGAGUUAUUAAGAGCCCGAGAUGUGAUGCUUGGAAUCAGGUAUUAUAUGCGCAAAAUGGGAGAGGCUGCAGGAAUUCCGAUAGAACCUGAAUCACAAACUCACCUUCUGGAUACAACAAUGAGAUUGGAGGGGGUUCUGUUGGCUGGUGUUCCUGGUGCUGGUGGAUUUGAUGCAGUCUUUGCUGUCACUUUGGGGGCUUCAAGCAAAAAUGUGACAAAAACUUGGAGUUCUCUCAAUGUUCUUGCUAUGCUAGUGACAGAAGAUCCCCGUGGUGCGUCUUUGGAAGACAGCGAUCCUCGAGCAAGGGAAAUUACUGCAGCUGUUUCUUCUGUCCAACUUCAAUAAUGACCAGCGUGUAAGGAUAUUACAUCCGAUGGUUUUAUCGUGCCGUAUGACUACAAAACAUCAGAUUUUACAACACAAAAAGGAUAUAUUAGAGCUUUAUACAGGAAGGUCAGGAUCACCUUCAUCAAAAAGCACCGAAUGAGAGCCUGUUGUAAUUCUACCCAAAACUUUGAUCUUAGAAUUAGGCCCCUUUUAUUUCAGAACUCUGUAUGUUUAUUUUCAAGUGUGGAAUCAAAAGUUUUGCUUCAUUCCUCUGUGAGUCUAUCUUACUGGGAUUAAUAAGUUAGGAGUUUCAUGUCCAUUCGGUAGUUGGUCCCACCCCCAAGCAUUGCCCACAGAACAAACUUUAGUUCUUAAAAGUUGCUUGCUGAAUAUUUCAUUUUGAACUG